GAGAAUGUGUGCCGCCAUAUUCAACAUGGCGAUGAGCAUAAACUAUGAUCACGUGAUCAAUGGGACUACGCCAUGACAGUUUUCACGGGUGAAUCUUUUUUUUAUUGGGAAAAAAGGAAAGGAUCCAUAUAUUUCUAAAAAGGUUUUUUGAACUAGAUGGAUGAAGGUAAUUGCAAAAAAAUGAGAGGACGAACUCGAGGAAGAGGUCGUGGCCGAACUAGGGCUAAAGUCAGAGGUCGUGCAAGAAAAACUGUCAAGGUAGUGUUAUUUAAGAUAAUUGAAAGUGAUGAGGAAGAUAAUGUUGAACAUCGAGACGAGAACCAGAUUGAUAAUACUGAUAACACCUGUAGUAGGAAAGAUGAUUCUGAAAAUGUACAACAUCAGGUUAUUUCUGACCAUCAAUUCGAUUUAGAGGCUGAUAUUUCUCAAUUAGAAGCUCCCACCUUUACGACCAUUAAUCGGGGACCCCCAGAACCGAUGUUGAGACUCCGGUGGGACCAUCGGGUCAAUCUUAUUGGUGAAAAAGUUCUCAACCCAAUGAUUCACUGCUGCGACAAGUGCCUCAAACCUAUUCUCAUUUACGGACGCAUGAUUCCAUGUAAACAUGUGUUUUGCUUGUCCUGUGGCAAACGAGAAGACAAAAUUUGUCCUAGAUGUGUGGAAAAAGUUUCUAGAGUGGAACAGACAGGCUUAGGUACCGUUUUUAUGUGCACUCAUGGUGGAACUCGCUACGGAAAUACUGGAUGUCGCAGAACAUAUCUUAGUCAACGAGAUUUGCAGGCUCACAUCAAUCAUCGUCAUGUAUCAGCACCUCCUCAACCAGUACAAAGUAUAUCGAUGGACCCUUCACCACAAUACAUGCAGUCAAAACCGGAUCUUGAAUCUUCAAUGAGUAAAGGUUCCUCAGGACCAUUACAACCGAUUAGAAUAAAACAAAUUCAAUCACACAUUGUUCAGCCCAUCAUGGGGAACGAUCCAAGAGUCAAUUCAAUGGUCAAUCAGUCAACGAGUGAACACCGGCAGCAGCAUCGAUCGCAAAUGGCGACAUUACAAAAUUACAAUCAAAAUUCUGGCUCCACAAAUCAAACGAUGAGAACAAACUUAAUAACUGUUCCCAUUCAAGAUACAACAAUGACACAUGAUAUUCAUCCAGCACCAACACAUCACUAUUAUCAAACUACUCAAAUCAAUUACGGUUAUAAUAUGCCACCCCCAGUAUCACAAAAUCAAAACUACUACUCUGCACCUCAACUCUCUAAUCAGGUCACUUAUGGAACACAGCAACAGCAGCAAUACCUUAACCCUAUCGCAAAUAUCCGCCCAUCACCCAAUGGUUAUAUCCAAGAUAAUCAGUACAAUCAACAACAACUACCACACCCUCAGUGGCAACAACAUCAACAAUUCUACAGAUGAGCCAGCGGAUUAUUGUUAAUAAAUCAUUAAAAACCAAUCUUUGAAUUCACUGAAAAGCUUUUCUUUAGCAUAUUCCUAUUGAUUAUUCAUUUUUAUGCUUUUUCAAUUAUGAAAUCCGUUCCGAUUCUUGAAGACACAUUUCGAUAUCAAGCUUUUUAAUCUCCUCCAGAGAGAAACCAAUUUGCUACUGGAAUGACCUGGAUGUAAGUACUUGUGUUGCCAGAUUUGUAUAAAAUAAAAACGUAUUCUGAAAUGCUUAAACGAUUUUAAAAGCUUGAUUCAUCAUUCUUUUUCGUUCAUAAGGGAAAUAUUACAUGUGAUGCAUGAAUCGAUAUUUUCAUUAUUACAUAUUGUUUGUUGGAUAUUCGUCAAGUACAUUUGUUCAUACUAGUAUUAUACUAUAUUACUAUAUAAUACUAUAUACUAGUAUUAUACUAUAUACUAUAUUAUACUAUUAUACUAGUUUAUUAUACAAGUUAAUGAUAAACUCCUCAUUCUUCACAUCUAUUGGAUGAGGCGGUUUUUAGUCUGUCAAACAAUUAGAAAGGUGGUCACAUAAAAUCGAAUCUUACCACAUUGUCAUAUCGUUUGGUUAAAUGAAAAUGUGUCAAUUGUCAUUUGAAUGGAAGAAUUUGUUUGAUAAAAUCCCAAAAUUAUAAAA